AUGAUAAGUGCUCGUGGAACGCAAGGUUGUGGUACUUGUCGGCGCGACAGGCGCCGUAGAGAAACUCAAGCUGAGUCCUCCUCAAUGUGUAGUAUGCCUAACUUGGAUACGAGUGAGACACCGACCGCACCUACUGUUGAGACUGGGUUUCAAAGUAACUCGGCUAAGGAUGGCACGUUUUCCCAAGCCAUCUUAGAGUGUUGGAGAGGGUCGUUGGGCCCUAUUUUGGUUUUGAGAGCUGUGGAUCAAACUGUGGCUAAAUAUGAGGCCGAAUUUCUAAGACUAAGCCAUUAUGCUCGUGGGAUGGUAUCAACUGAGUAUGAGAAAUGUGUCCUUUUUGAGGAUGGUUUAAGUGAUAAUUUGAGAUUUUUGAUAGCUCCACAGAGGGAGCGAGAAUUUUCCGUCUUAUUGGACAAUGCGAAGAUCUCUGAGGGGUUAAGUGUGUUGAGCACGAGAAUAGGGAUCGAGAGAGGGAGGUCCAUGAAAUGGGCCAGAUCUGAUGAGCCUUUGGGAGUUGGGGUCCAGUUGCUCCUACUACGGCUCAGCCGUGCGAAAAUUUUGGUAAAUGCCAUCCGAGUGAGUGUUGGAGAAGAUUGGGAGUGUGCCUACGAUGUGGCUUCUGUGGGUUCAUCUAUUGGGAACAUCCGAAUAGUUAGAGAAAUUUUGGAUGUUUUUCCUGAGGAAUUAUUGGGUUUAUCUCCAAUUAGAAAGUUGAGUUCGUAUCAAGCUUCUGCUGGUAUAGCUACAGUGUCCAUCGCUCUUUAUCAUAUGAUAGACCUCUAUUCUAGGUACCAUCAGCUUAAGGUUAAGGAAGUUGAUGUUCAUAAGGCUGCUUUUAGGACUUGUUAUGGGCAUUACAAGUUCCUAGUCAUGCCCUAUCGUUUGACGAAUGCUUCGACUGUAUUCAUGGAUCUGAUGAAUCGGGUUUUUCAGUUGUAUUUAGAUCAGUUUGUCAUGGUCUUCAUCGACGAAAUUCUAGUAUACUCUAAGAUGGAAUAUGAUCAUGAUAAGCAUCUUAAAGUAGUUCUUCAGAUACUUCGAGAGAAACAACUCUACACAAAGUUGAGCAAGUGUGAAUUCUGGUUAAGGGAAGUAACUUUUCUGGGGCACGUGGUUUCUGCAGAGGGGAUUUGA